CUUUUCACCACUUUCUCUUUCUCACUCCAACCCAAUUUUAGUUUCAUCAAGCACACUUCAAUUUCUUGUAUUUUAACUUCUGGGCCUUUAUAAAGCCUUCACUUUUGGAAAAAAUAAAUAUCUUUUUUUUUUUGGAGUAAUAAUAGCACUUUUGUAGUUUGGUUCAUAAUAAGAGCACUUGAAUAUUUUUUUUUAAUACAAUGAUUCUGGCACAUAAUGCAUGCACUCCGUUGAAAUGUCACCUAACUCUUGAUAAAAAUUAUAUUGUAGACAAAAGUUUUUAUUUUUGGAUUUUUCAGAUUUUUGACAGGUAUAGUCUUGGUACCUAGCACAUUGUCCAAAAUAUUUGGAUUUUUUUUUUAAUAUUUCAUAGUGAAGCUUUUAUAUUUUCAGUUUCACUUUUCUUUAAUAGUAAGGAAUUAAGAAUGGGAGGGGCUUCACUGCCUCCUGGUUUUCGUUUUCACCCAACUGAUGAAGAAUUGAUAGGAUAUUACCUUAAAAGAAAAGUUGAAGGACUUGAAAUUGAACUUGAAGUUAUUCCUGUCAUUGAUUUCUACAAAUUUGAUCCUUGGGAGUUACCUGAGAAAUCUUUCUUACCAAAAAGAGAUAUGGAAUGGUUUUUCUUCUGUCCACGGGAUCGAAAGUACCCAAAUGGAUCAAGGACAAAUAGAGCCACCAAAGCUGGCUACUGGAAAGCCACAGGAAAAGACAGGAAGGUUGUGUGUGAGUCUAGUCCAUUCAUUUCCAUUGAGACCGUGACAGGUUACCGCAAGACCCUGGUGUUCUACUGUGGAAGGGCGCCUUUAGGCGAUCGAACCAACUGGGUCAUGCAUGAAUAUCGCCUCUGCGACGAUCCUAGCCAAGGCUCAGAGGGUGCUUAUGCUUUGUGCCGAGUUAUUAAAAAGAAUGAGAAAUCCAAUGAUUCCCAAGGGCAAGGAAGAAAGAAGGCUAAAGCUAAUGAUGGGAGCAAUUCCAUUUCCACCAAUGGGAAUGAGGUUUCUUCUCAAGCAAGUCAACUGUGCAGUGGGAGUGAGAGUCUUUAUUCAAGUCCUAUUGAUUUCUCAGGCAAUGUGCCUCUUAUGGCUGGAUUUGAGCAAGCUUCCUCUGAUACCAAUCCUUCAAGCUUCUGGCUCUCCCCUGACAUGAUUCUUGAUUCUUCAAAGCAGGACUACUCUCAAGUGCAAGUGCAAGAUGUUGUUGGAUCUUUUCCACAACAACAUGACUUAUUGAGUGCAAUGACACCAUGGCAAUCAUUUGAAAAUACUGAAAUUUCACCUAGCUCAUCCUACUCAAAUUUUAAUGCAGAAAUUGAAUUUUCUGACGCUCUUAGUCGAAUCGGCUGCAUAUCACCUUACUCAGGACAAGGAAGCUUCAUGGACUUGCCUUAUGAAUGCUAUGAUCAAAUUCAUUCAUUUGGGGACCCAAAGAAAUUCUAAAAUGAAAAGGAACAAGAUUAACAUUCUCCUUUCUUUUCUUGGAAUACAAGUUACAAGGUGUUUAGGUUGGGUUCAAGCUCCAAAUUGCAGUCAAACAAGAGGGCAUGGAAGUUUAGGAGAGCUUAGUGGUAUAUGGUUGCAUGUAGGAAGACUACAUAUUAUAGUUUGUGAUGUGAGGUAUUAUUAGGUUUUUAUAUUUGGUCUAACUGAUCCUCACAAAAUCAGUUCGUAAGGUGAGGAGUGUCUUUCUUUAUAAACUCUUUUCAAACUUUAUAUUAAUUCAAUGUGGGGUUCGGGGUUCUCCCAACAUGAGAGACCAGAAGAAGAAGGGAUCUGAAGACAACGCCUUUUAAUGUUUGUCUUUGAGGGACACAUAAUGAUUAAUGAGUACAAUCCCUUCAUAUGCACCAGACAGAAACCAUUCUCUUUUUGAACUGUUUUAGACUUGGGUAUUGUAUAAUUUAUUCUGUUGUGUAGGUUUCUCAGGUGAAAUCACUUUUAUAGAUUUCAUCUGAAUUUGGUUUACAUUAGUCAUUGUAUGUGGAUUCAUAUAAAAGAGCUUAUAUAAUGAACGAAGACUUAUUAUA